AUGGAAAAAAAUGACAGUAGUGGCGAUAAUAGAGAGCGGUCGGCUACUCCACCCCGUAAAGUGGUUAAAGUUGGUGGUUGGACAGCGAAAAAGAAAGGUAAUACCAAAAACGUUCAUCGUCAACAGUCUUUCAGGGAAGUUUGGCUGAAAGAUCCAAUGUUCCGGGAUUGGCUUUUGCCCGAUUCAAAUGACACUUGUAGGGCCAAGUGCAAGUUCUGUCCACUCUCCUCAAUGGUUGCUGAGUUAAGCAAUUUGAAAGCUCAUGCCGCAACCACAAAGCAUAAAAAUAAUAUCCCUGGUUCUUCGUCCGGACCUCAGCGGCAGUUAACGUCAUUAGGGUUUCAAGUAGGCAAAAAACCUGACAAUGUUGAUAAAAAAAGAGCAGAAAUCAAAUUUUGUGCCUUUUUUGCUGAGCAUAAUAUACCUUUUUCUGUAGCUGAUCACUUCUCCGACCUUCUCAAAGAAUGCAUUACAGAUUCUUCUAUUGUAAAAGAAAUAGAGCUUAAACGGACAAAAAUCACAGCAAUAACAAAAAAUUUAAUUGGCAACGCUCAGAAAGCCAGCAUAACUGAAAAAUUAAAGAAACAGUUUUUUUCUCUAUUAACUGACGAGACCACCGACAUAUCUACAGUAAAAACUGCUUGCAUAGUCGUGCGAUAUUUCGAUGAAGAUGCUCAAAGAAUUUGUAGCGUGUUUUGGGAGCUUCAUAACUUAUUUAUUCAAAAUCAAACUGAUAUGAUUCAAUCAGCUAACGCAGAGACGCUAUAUACUGCACUGAUUCAGUCAUUUACAAGUCGUGAUGUCCCUCUAAAAAAUAUGAUCGGCUUUGCAUCUGAUGGCUGUAAUGUCAUGAUGGGAGAUAAUAACUCGGUGAAAACCCGACUCCAACGUGAUUUACCAGGAAUCACGAUCGUUAAAUGUGUUUGCCACUCGGCUCAUCUGUGCGCAAGCGAAGCCUGCAAGAAACUUCCAGAAUCUAUUGAACAAGUUGCAAGAGAUAUUUACAAUUUUUUCAAACACAGUGACAAACGACUCUUUAGUCUUCGUGCCUUCCAAGAUUUUGUGAAUGUUGAACCACACAAAAUUCUUAAACCAUCGCAAACCAGAUGGCUGUCGUUAUCAGCAGUUGUGUCUAGAAUACUGGAACAAUGGGACGCUUUGCGUUUGUUUUUCAUUGAUUUCACAACAAAGGCGAACAGAGAGAAAACUGAUGUAAUAAAUCGAGCAGUAUCGAUUCUAGAAAAACUAUGUGAUCCGUUUUAUCGCAUGUACUUCUAUUUUCUGGAUUGGGCGCUUGUGCUAUUUACAAGAUUCAAUUUAGAAUUUCAAAGAGAAAACGUAGUGGUGACCAAGCUUCACGACAAGAUAUGCGAACUUUAUAAAGAAAUUCUGCUACGGUAUCUUAGCUACGGGUACGUUAUGGGAAGAGAGCUUAUUCAAGUCAACCCAGAAAAUGAUCAGUUCCAAUUGACGGACGACCAAAUGUACCUUGGAGUUAAAGUAUACGAGAUGUUGAACAAACCGGAAAUAAUAGCUAAACCCGUGCAAAUAGCGUCAUUUAAGUCAAACUGCAGAUCAUUUCUAAAGACUGCUGCUUUGGAGAUUCGCAAAAGAUAUGACAUGGAAGAUCCAGUACUUUCUAAGUUAAAAGUUUUUGAACCAAAGUCAGCCUUAUCCAUCAACUUCAGAAACCGUUUCCCAACCCUGAUGCCAGUUAUGGCGGUUGUACCUCGCAUUGUAUCACCUUCCGAUAACAUCUCCAAACAAGAAAUAGAUGACCAAUGGAGAAGACUGCCUAUAGCCACGGCUUGUCAUCCUGAAGGCAUUUGUGAUGUAAGUGAGCCGGACAAGUUUUGGGCCCUAUUAACAAAGACGGAGUUUCAUGAAUUGGCCAUCUUUGCAUUAGCAGUAUUAUCUGUUCCACACGCUAAUGCCGAUUGUGAACGUGUGUUCAGUAAGACUAACCUUAUCAAGACCAAAUUGAGAAAUAGGCUGAUAACUGAAACGGUCAAUGGCACAUUGCUUGCGGCAGAAUGCGUAAAGGGACCUGACCGAAAGGGUUCUUGCGUUAAAUUUGAGCCGACAGAUUUUAUGCUGAGCAGAAUGAACGCUGAAAACUUGUAUGGAAAAAAAAAGACAGCCACACAGGAAGAUGAUACAGAUGAUGCUCCAGAUGAUAUAAUAUUUGACUAUUCAGUGCAUCAGCUGUAG